AUGAACAUGCGAGCUAUUUUCCUGCCGGACGGUAUUGUGGUCUUGGGGCACAUCUCUCACCGCGACAACAACAUCACGGACUGCACAAUUUUGCCGAUUAGCUGCUACGAAGACCCGUUUGUGCAAUACAAGAACCUGUCCUACAUGCACUCAGUGAACGACGCCCUAAAUACCGUUAGGCACCUGCAAGUGACGGAGGGCCUAGACACCAUGUACGCCGUGUCAGCGUCGUUGGCGGGGCGUUGGUACAAGCCAAGGAGGCCGGACAACGAAAACGUUUUAUAUCCGGGAAAGUACCGCCCUGGACUGCAGUGCAAAGUGGGAGACUACCCCCAGAAAGCUCACGUACGAGAGGUUUGCGGCGACGAAAGCUAUGAAUAUACCCAGCACUUUCAAUACACGGCACAUCACCUCAUAGGAUUUACCUGGGACAAGAAGGAGGGCUUUGCGAUAACCUUCGAGACGGAAGAAUCACUCGCAAGAAAGUUCUGCCUUUCCUUCAGCAACAACACGCAGUUGCUUGUGGGAAUUGCCGCCUACGACGCCAAUUACGAUGCUGCGCCCAAGGACUGCACGCAGUUCCUGGGAGCCCCUUGGUCGCGGCUCAUGUGGAUCGAGAGGAUGAGCAAGCUGCUCAGAGUUGCGACCAUGUAUGACACGAGCAAAUUCUUGGCGCGCUGCUUGUACGAUAUCAAUGCGACGACGAAGAUUGCUGCUCAGCGGGCACUUCCCACCAGUGCCAUGUCGUCAAUGCUCCGUUGAAACCUUUAUUAAUUAAUUACUUCAUGAAAUACUAAUUGAAUUUUUGUAACAUUUAAUCAUUCAAAGAAUGACAUACUAAUGCCGCCACCUUUCUUCAUUAAUGUACGGCUGAACGCACGCGUUUGUUUACUCGACGGCUUUGCGAGGGUGAGAUAAUAUAUGCACAA